AAAAAAAAUGUAAAUUUGUAUAUUUUUCUUCUUUGUAAAUUUAAUCCUUUUAAUUAUCUUUUUUUCCCCAAAUAUAUUGUUAAUGAAAAAGGGAUACCCUUAACCCAACCGUCUAUUCUGUCUCCAUCAACGACCGCCAUUCUCCCACGACAGAUCUCCCAACUUUCACAAUCAUCGAAUCUCCAAUUUUUUUUUUCCUUCCUUCGAUUCGCCGAUUUUUCUCUCCCUUCGGUGCUUUUUCUCCCAUUCGUUCUUUUAUUUAAUUUACUAAAUAGUAAUAUUUUGCUGAGCGCUUUUAUUUUCUGAAAAAAUUGGUGUAAUUUGGGGCAUCAUUGAGCGAUUGUUUGGAGAAGAAGAGAAGGACAAAGUGAAAGGGACAGAAAAGUAAAUUCAAUAUUUGUUUUUUAAUUUUGUAAUGAGAAUCGAAGGAGAAGAAGAAUGAACGAUGCCGGUACUGCGUAGCGGAACACGCAGGGGCCGGGCAGCAGCACCGAAGCAACAGCAACAGCCCAAUCCGAUCGAGGUGGGGGAAGCGAUUGCGACGCGAACUAGGCGGCGGAGGAGGGCGGCAGAAGCUGCGGCCGCAGCAGCAGUAGCUGCGCCAGUGACGAACAAUAACAACGGCGAAGACGAGAAUAAGAAUAAGAAACAGCCGGCUCUGGGGGUCAAUGAGAACGUAGCUUUCGCAGCGGCUGGGGAAGCGGCAGUUAAGGAGGAGGAGGAGGAUAAUAAUAAUAAUAAUAAUAAUAAUAAUAAUAAUAAUAAUAAUAGGGUUUUAGAGGAGGGGGAAAGAGCAGAGAAAGAGGAGGUUGGGGAGAAGCCGAUGGACGAGUUCCAUAGCGGAGGAGGGCGGAGCAAUGAUAAAGGUAAUGCUGGUGAGGAUGAAGGCAGCACCGCACGGCUUCCUGAAAAGGUUCAGGUUGGGGGUUCCCCAGCGUAUAGAAUUGAAAGGAAGUUGGGCAAGGGUGGCUUUGGACAGGUCUGUGUAGGUCGGCGUGUUUCGGCUGUAAAUGCAAAUGAUAGAAAUGGCUCUGGGGCUGUAGAGGUUGCCUUGAAAUUUGAGCAUAGAAGUAGCAAAGGAUGUAACUAUGGACCGCCAUAUGAGUGGCAAGUUUACAACACUCUUGGUGGCAGUCAUGGUAUACCCCGAGUACACUAUAAGGGCCGUCAAGGUGACUAUUAUGUCAUGGUUAUGGAUAUGCUAGGCCCAAGUCUGUGGGACGUUUGGAAUAAUAACUCUCAUACGAUGUCCAUCGAAAUGGUUGCUUGCAUUGCUAUUGAAGCAAUAUCCAUAUUGGAGAAGAUGCACUCUAGAGGUUAUGUGCAUGGAGAUGUAAAGCCUGAAAAUUUUCUUCUCGGUCCUACGGGAACUCCUGAUGAAAAAAAAUUAUUUCUUGUUGAUCUUGGAUUAGCAACUAGGUGGCGAGAUAGUUCAUCGGGUUUGCAUGUUGAAUACGACCAGAGGCCGGAUGUUUUUAGGGGAACAGUCCGUUAUGCCAGUGUACAUGCUCAUUUAGGUAGAACUUCUAGCAGGAGAGAUGAUCUAGAAUCUCUUGCAUAUACACUUGUUUUCCUUCUUCGAGGACGUUUGCCUUGGCAAGGAUACCAGGGAGAGAACAAAGGGUUUCUUGUUUGCAAGAAGAAGAUGUCAACAUCUCCAGAUACCUUGUGUUGCUUCUGUCCGAUGCCUUUCAAACAGUUUGUUGAAUAUGUGGUCAACUUGAAGUUUGAUGAAGAACCUAAUUAUGCAAAAUACAUUUCUCUCUUUGAUGGUAUUAUUGGUCCAAAUCCAGAUAUCCGUCCAAUUAACACAGAAGGCGCGAUGAAGCUUAUUUAUCAAGUUGGUCAAAAGAGAGGCCGGUUGUCUAUGGAUGAGGAGGAAGAUGAACAACCAAAGAAGAAGGUUCGUUUGGGCAUGCCUGCGACGCAAUGGAUUAGUGUUUACAAUGCUCGUAGACCUAUGAAGCAAAGGUAUCACUAUAAUGUGGCAGAUGCAAGGCUUGUGCAGCACAUUGAAAAAGGAAACGAGGAUGGCUUAUUUAUUAGCAGUGUAGCUUCCUGUCAAAAUCUAUGGGCCCUUAUAAUGGAUGCUGGCACUGGAUUCUCUGCACAAGUCUAUGAACUCUCUCCCUAUUUCCUUCAUAAGGAAUGGAUAAUGGAGCAGUGGGAGAAGAACUAUUAUAUCAGCGCAAUUGCAGGUGCUACAAAUGGAGGCUCCUUAGUAGUAAUGUCAAAGGGUACUUCUUAUUUGCAGCAGUCAUACAAAGUGAGCGAGUCCUUUCCUUUUAAGUGGAUAAACAAAAAAUGGAGAGAGGGUUUCUAUGUCACCUCAAUGGCCACUUCUGGCAGCAGAUGGGGAGUUGUUAUGUCUCGUGGUGCUGGAUUUUCUGAACAGGUUGUUGAACUUGACUUCCUUUACCCCAGCGAAGGCAUCCAUCGCCGGUGGGAUUGUGGUUAUCGAAUAACAGCAACUGCAGCAACUUGGGAUCAGGCUGCUUUUGUUCUUAGUGUGCCAAGGAGGAGGCCAGCAGAUGAAACACAGGAAACUCUUAGAACUUCAGCAUUCCCUAGUACUCAUGUCAAGGAGAAGUGGGCGAAGAAUCUUUACAUCGCUUCCGUUUGUUAUGGACGAACAGUUUCAUGAGCUUCCCUGUUCAUUUGUUUGGGAUCGUUGAAGAUUUAGGCCUGUCAAACUCUCUGCUAGUUGUCCGUCCGGUAAAAAGCUGUAACUCUCAGUCGUCUUAAGUUGGUCUGUUGUGUGUAGGCUUAGAGAAAUUUUUUACCAGUACAGGCUUUAAUUAAUAGUAAUUAAAUAUAUUAGUUUCUAGUUGAACUUGGAGUUACGCCCCUCCAUUGUGUGGAAUUUCUCUUCUACUGGUGUCCCGAAAGCCCAAAAUGAUGGGUCUGUUAACUCUGUAUAGUCUCGAUUAAUAAACGUUUAGGGCUGAUGCAAAUGGCAAGUUUCUCCUAUUUAUUUGCUU